CAUCAUUCAAGAUUGCAAGCACAGAGCUUCAUCUUCCAUCUCCAUUGUUUCUGCAUCUGCCAAAGAAGGCUAUCAGAUUUGAGCUCAGUUCUAGUUGGCUUUAGGAGUGUACGUAUUUGUAUAUCCCAUGUAUUUCAGGUUUUGCUUGACGUUUUCGAGCGUCAAUGCCAUCGUGGAGUUUGCUUAAUGUUUUCAAGCGCUGAUACCCCCGUCAUUAUUUUGCAGACAACCACAUUGUGCAAUAAAGACAAAUACAGAAUUUUAUUCACUUUUAGGGCAAACCUUCAUUCACUCUCAUUGUGCUUUAGGCACAAUCCUAACACCCACCACCAUGGCUGACGACGAAUUCGACAUCGAUAUUUAUGGAGAUACCAAUCCAGAACAAGAAGUGGAUCUCUCAGCUAAGAAAGACGAAGACGAGGAAGGCGACAUGAAGAUCGAUGAUCUCGAGCCCACGAACGGCCAUGCAACUGAGCCCAAUAGCAUAGAUCACGAAGAGGAGCAAGAUGAUGACUUCGUUGACAUCAAAACUAGCUUCAACGAUCAGAGUAGCAAGAUGCAGCCACAGCAAAAGAUCAAGAGUACUGACGAACCUGGCGGAGAUGUUCUCAAUAUUCCUAAGCAAGCCCCACAAAUACAAGGUGUGAAGAGAAAGGAGGGAUCCGAUGAUCGACCGAUCGAUCCAGGAGCGACUACAGCGUUACUGAUCUCUGAAUUGCACUGGUGGAACACUGAUGAUGAUAUCCGCGGAUGGGUCAAUCAGGCACAAGUUGAAGACGAGCUCAAAGAGAUCACCUUCUCUGAGCAUAAGGUCAAUGGCAAGAGUAAAGGACAAGCCUAUGUCGAGUUCUCUUCGCAACAAGCUGCUACCGCUGCCAAGCAUAAGAUCGAUGCAUUUGGUGAAGGACAGCAAUAUGUUAAGAAACACACGGUUGUCUACUCGAACCCUAAUGUCAACCCGUUCAAAACCCUCCCGAAAGACGCACCUCUACGAGCUGGCAAGGACGGACAGAGUAAUCCAAGUCGUGGUGGCUACAAUAAUGAUAGAGGUAACACGAAUGGAAACUUCGGUGGUAAUUUCCGAGGACGUACACCUGGUUAUAAUGCUCGAGGAGGCAUGAACAACAACAUGAACAACUUUAAUCGGAAUUUCUCUGGGCCGGCAAUGGGCAAUAUGGGUGGUGGAUUCAAUUCAGGCAUGGGUGGCUUUCCGUCAGGUCCUAUGGGCAAUCAAUUUGGAGGCGGCUUCAACAAUAGAGGCGGUAUGAUGGGUGGUGGUAUGAGAGGAGGUGGAAUGAGGGGUGGCAGAGGAGGCAUGAACGGUAUGAUGGCCGGUAUGCCAAUGGGAGGUAUGCCAAUGGGCGGGAUGCCUGGAGCUAUGGGUGGGAUGCCCAUGAAUAUGGGCCAAAUGGCAGGUGGUAUGCCAGGCGCUGGUGGCUUCAACGGCAUGCAACCACACUUCAACCCAGCGUUCUUUCAAGGCAACCAAGCUGCUGGUGGCGACUGGCAAAACCCUCACGGUGCUAAACGACCGCGACCAGAAUAACUGACAUAUUCGAUAUUCGACAGCUCUUCGCAUAAUCUGAAAUUUCAAGAUUCUGUUUUUAGAGCAAAAUUUCUACGGGUUAGGGUAUCAUGCAUCCAUCGGCGGUUGAAUUUGGCGUUGGGUUAUCUCGGGAGUUGUCUCCCUCUCAUCUACGAGAUUAUGAACAAUACUUCCAACUUGCGUGUAGAAUUGGUCGAGGUUGUACAAUAGAUGGCGUUUACUCCGAAAAGCUUUCUUGCAUGUGUUAUGAUAGGUUCAUUUUCCCUAGUCCGCUCCUUCUAUUCUGGUUUAGGUUUCAUGAGGAUUGUAUAUGAACGGCAAG